AAUUGACUGACAAAGAAAGAGCACCAUUAAAAAUUUAUAUUUUUCCUAAUUAAAUGCAAAAAUUAUGGUUUAAUGGAACUAUAAACUCUAUAAUAAUAAUAGACGUUCUUUUCUAAUUUUCUUUAAUUAUUUUGCAAUAUUGAUGUGCUCAAUUGUUGAACUUUUGUUAAAGAAACCGAUUGUGAAUUGAUCUUACCUAUUUUAUCCAAUGUUUUUGACUUUUUGUGCUUUGUAAACAAUGUAUUUUUUAAGAGAAAUUGCACUUUUUACAACUCUAAUCUACAUAGCAACAACAGUAGCUGCAACCCCUGCCUUGAUUCUUACACAGCUAAUAAAGCAAAACAAAUUACAAGAAGCCAAAAAUGCAUCGACCGUUGACCCCAACAAAUUCCUCAACUUCACGAGUUAUUCUGGCUUCCUCACAGUUGACGAGCGAUAUAACUCUAAUUUGUUUUUCUGGUACUUCCCUGUGUCAAAAGACCUAGCAAAGACUCCAUGGAUUAUAUGGCUUCAAGGGGGCCCAGGAGCUACUAGUCUUGCUGGACUCUUCAGUGAGAUUGGGCCAUUUAAAUAUGAUAUUAACAGGAAAGAGUUAAAAAAACGUGAAUCUUCAUGGUGUGAUGAAUACUCUAUGGUGUUUAUCGACAAUCCUGUAGGAGCCGGGUUCAGUUUCACAGACAAAGAUGAAGGAUUUGUUCGAAACAUGGAAAUGUAUACAGACAAUCUGUACAGGGCAGUGCAACAGUUGGUGCAGGUUUACCCCGAGCUAGGUAAAGCUCCGCUGUACAUCGCCGGCGAGUCGUACGCCGGCAGGUACGUGCCUGCUUUGGCGACCAAGAUAUUGGAAGAAAACCACCAAGCUAAACACCCCAUCAACUUGCAGGGUCUCAUAAUGGGCAACCCGGUGACAGACCGCUCAAGCAUAGUGGAUUUCACCCAAAUGUUCUACAAUUGGGGCUUAGUGGACGAGCAGGGGGCUGCCGCUGCCAGAUCUUUGCAAGAGGAGUAUCAACAUGCUAUCAACAAAGGAGAUAAUGUACUUGCACACGAUUUACGGGAAAAACUAUAUGACAAGCUCCAAGACAUAGCGUACCAAAAUCAGCUAUACAACGUACUUCACGACGCCAAGGGACUGACGGACUUCAGCGAAUGGGUGACGCGGCCUGACAUAGCAGAGGCGAUUCAUGUGGGCGGCAUAGCGUUCACCUUCUCCAACCAAACUGUGCACACCAAGCUGCUGCCGGACUUCCUCUCCCCUGUCACUCCGAAGAUUGAUGUGUUGCUCGAGAAUUACAAGGUUUUAAUAUAUUGCGGUCAGCUGGACCUGACGGCGCCGUGCGUGCCCAGCGCGGCGGCCCGGCGCAGGGACUGGCGCUGGAGCGGCAGGGGCGCCUUCCUCAACGCUCCGCGCGUGCCGUGGUGGUUCAACGGCACUGUUGCUGGGUAUGUCAAAUCGGGUGGUAAUUUCACUGAAAUACAAGUCAACGGCGCUGGUCACUUGGUACCGUUGGACAAACCGACGCAAGCGAAACAAAUAGUCCACAACUUCAUCAGCGGCCAAGUCUUCUCAACACCACCAGACUAUAGACUAUUGGACCCCAACCCAAAGUAUCAAGAUUACUCAGACUUGCGUACUUCUGAAGUUCUAUCAAACGCUUCUGAAGUUAAAAACGGUUUGAUAGUCAGUGUUGUUUUGAAUGUGUUGUUGUUGGUGGGGAUUGUUGUUGGCGGCAUUAUGACAAUGAGGUGGAAAAGAGAACAUGAUUAUUACAAUUUGCCUUUAAGUGAUAAUAUUAGUGAUGAUCAUAUACUCACGUUCGCGUAAGCGUGCAUGAUGCACGCCAUUGACGAUCAAUUAUUCUCACGUUUCUGCAGCACCCACGACUAUAACUGAUCGUUUACUGGUCGCUGCGUGCAUGACGGCUUGACUUAUUAAACGUCUUAGCUGCCGUUUGCGCUGCAGAAACAUGAGAAUAAUUGACCGUCAAUGGCUGACUUGAGGGUAAUGAUUUGGGUAAGAACUAAAAUACGCAAUAAGAAAAACUAAUAGUACAUUUUUAUAUAAGAGCUUAAGUAAUUACAGCCGAGGCGAUAUUGCUAUAGUAAGGAAGCAGAGGCUGUAAUUAUCAAAGCGCACGUACGUCAUACGACGUUUUAUAACACAUUUGCGAGGACACACACUUUCUGAAAAUGAAUUUGCAUCUUUGCCUGUUUUCCUUAGGAUGACGUUUUGAUACGCUUGUCAUUUUUGCACAGAUAACGAAGUGCGUUUUUUUUAGACAAAUGCAUAAAUUAUUAAAAUAAAAGAAUUAAAUGGUUUUUUAUUAUCUCACAAAGUUAAUUUUAUUCAUAAAAUGUUGAGAGAACUUUUUGCCAUGAUUUAAAAAGUAACGGUAUUUUUAAAAGGAUGACAAAGGUUUUAUAUUACAUUACGGCACAUGUGCAUUUUACUUUACAUUACGGCAUUAGCGUAAUGAGAUACAUUACGAUAUUGUAAUUAGUGAAAUAAGCGAUACUUUACGAGCAAAUGUGUUAUAAAGCGAUUGCUAAUAUCACUUGAAGCUCCGCAGUUUAAAUGUUUGAAUUAAAACCAUACAAUGGUUGUUAAAGAUAAAUGGUGCUAAUAGUUAUAAAUUUGUUUUUGUACAUAUAAUAAAAAAAAUGUAUGAACAUAGAAGACUGUUAGAUAUUCUGUAAGUUCAGGAGACGAUUUUGAUAAAAUUUUGUAUUAAGACAAGCUUAUAAAAUACUUCUUAAAUAGGGAUGAUGACGGUUUUUUUAAUAACAAUUGUAUAUAAAUUAAGAGUAAGCUAAUAGUAAAGGAAUUUUGUAAAAGUAACAGGGUAUUUGCGAUCAUUAUUAUUAUUAGUAUAUGGAUUUCAUGUAAUUACGAUAAAAGAUUUUGAGAUUUUUUAAUAGAUUUUGAAAUUUUAUAAUCUUAUUUAUUUUGCAAAUAUCCAGUCAAUCUUUGCUUUUUAUGUAUAAAUUAGUUAACAUUGACCUUAUUAUCCGAAUGCAUCAUAAAAAUCAAUAUAUUCAAACCUAGUCAUCAUCCCCAUUAUCUACCUUUAUGAUAAUCUCAAAAACCGCAACCAAUAAUUUAAAAAAAAUAAUACAAAACCAUAUAAUUAUGUACAGUCGUAUAUAACGCCAUUUCGUACAACCAAAGAGUAUAUUAUAAGGUUUAUUACCCAUGGACACUGCGCAACAUGACAUGCUGACGAAUUACAAAUAUACUCAGAGGCACAAUUAUCCGCCCACUUUAACAUGACGCGAGUAUAUUAAAGUGGGCGGAUAGUUAUGCCUCCGAAUGUAUAUUGAGAGAUAUAAAGUAGUGAAAUAGCGGUUCAAAGUUUGUAUUAAAAGUCCUUCAGUUUUCAAGUUACAUUUAUAAAGAAUUUAUUUAUUGUAGGUAAUAUCAGACAAAUAUUAAAAAUAAUGUGAUUCAAGAUUUUCGCAUUUCUACCCCAAAAGGGUUAAGUUUCUUUUAAUAUACAAAUCUGCUCUAGUAUGAUCUCACCUAAUUUGUUUGGACAGGGAGUUACAUACGAGCGGAUAAGAGUAGUUAACCGAACUAUACUCAGAGGCACAAUUAUCCGCCCAUUUUAGUAUACUCGAGCUUAUUAAAGUGGGCGGAUAAUUAUGCCUGUGAGUAUAUUAAUUACUUCAAAGGAACUUUUAACCAUACACCCGUUGUAAACUUGAAUAAUGAAGGAGUUUCCAUGUAAACAUAAUAAAUAGAGGUUAAACUAAUUUCAUUCCCUUUUCACUAUUAUUUUUAUUUUCGCAACAAAAAAUAUCCCAAGUCCUUCGUAGUAUGGCCUCAAGUUGUGCUAAGUUUAAUUUUAAUUAAUCCAGUAGUUUCGGAGUGAUGUUGUUUUAAUUGCGGUCCUUAUAUUGCACACUCUACUCCUCACAGCGCC